AUGAGGACAACCGGGAGGAUGUCGGAGAACGCCUUGUCCUUCAAAGCAGAUGCGUCGGAUAACAAAGCCCGCUAUACUUGCGAGGCAAAGAACGUCAUGAUCAGCAACACACUGAAGGCGGAGAUUGACUUAACUGUUCUGUUCGCUCCAUCCCACGUGACGAUAUCCGGCCCCACCGAAGCGAGAGUGGGGGACCCAGUGCCCUUGACCUGCAGUACAGCACCUUCCAACCCCGCAGCGGAGAUCAAAUGGGUGGUCCUCGGAAAACAGCAUAAGGAGGCAAACAAUAGAACUGCUAUAUCGCCUGAAGGUGGCUGGGUGACCACAUCCAACGUGACGGUGAUGGUGGAGCCGAAACGCACUUCCGUGGUGGUGGUAUGCCAUGGUAUCAACGGACAACUGGCAGAGAACGUGGUAGCAACACAUACCAUCAACGUGCUGUUCGCUCCAUCCCACGUGACGAUAUCCGGCCCCUCCGAAGCGAGAGUGGGGGACCCAGUGCCCCUGACCUGCAGUACAGCACCUUCCAACCCUGCAGCGGAGAUCAAAUGGGUGGUCCUCGGAAAACAGCAUAAGGAGGCAAACAAUAGAACUGCUAUAUCGCCUGAAGGUAAGGAGAAUGAACAAUCUCUUGGACUAGACAAACUAGCUCUCAUCCUACUUGAGUGUGGGGUGGCUGGGUGA